AUAUUCUCAAAAUCACCGCCAUAAAGCCACUUGAGAAUAUUCUUAGCUGAGUAAUUCUCAAGACUUGAGUUGAGAAUUUUCUCAAAUUUAUGUUCUCGCGAGACGGUUUUCGCGGAUUUUUUUCAAUGACUGAAGGGGUCUAGUGGAGCUCUUCUGCGCCAGAAAGGUAAGAAACAUUUAUAGUUACGUGUAAAUAAACACAUGUUUUGCAUAUUUUAUCGUCUGCUUUGUUAUUUUGGAAGAAAAAAGUAAUGGAAAAGAAACGGGGGCAGAAUUGGGGGGUUGACGAAGAAGUUGCCCUCAUUGAGGAAGUAAAAGCGAGGGCAACCGUGCUAUUUGGGUCGUUUAAGGGGUGUGGGAUUAAGAAGGGGAGAGAAAUGAAAGAAAGAGAGUGGCAAAAAAUUGCAGACCGACUGAACUCACAGUUCGACAUUAAAAGAAGGGAAUGGGAGGAGGUGAAGAAAAAAUAUUACAAUGUGAAGUCAAGAAGUAAAGAAAAGCUUGAUGGGCUGAAGCGUCCCAAGACUGGUGGUGGCCCCCCACUACCUCAACUCACACCAGGUGAGGAGACUUACCUCCGCCUGGCUGAUGGGGAGCCAAACCUCUGUGGUGUGGAAGGAGGAAUUGAUACAGAUGCUCCAUUACUGAGUAUAUCAGAACCACUGGUCCCAGAUACUGAGGCAGCAGCUGGCUGUUCACAGAAAGCUGAUAGUACACUUCCUGCAAUUGCAAUCACUGCGCCUUUGGAAAUCAGCCUUGAUUCAUUACAAGAUAAACAGGCAAAACCUUCAAAAAGAACUGAAAAGAAAGAGAGUGCAUCAAGAAAGAGAAAGCUUGAAGAAUUGGAAGAAAUCAACUUAACUUUAGACAACCAGCGACUAGAGGAAGAGAUUCUUAAAAUCAAAGAAGAAAAGGAAGUGUUAACUCUGAAAAAAGAAGUUCUACUCCUCAAAAAACAGAAACUUAUUUUGGACAUUCAAACUACUUAUCCAUCUUUUAUAGCUGAAAUGUAGGGCAAUGCGCAUUCACAAUAAUUUAGUCAACUCUCCGAUCUACAUACACUCACAUGCUAAAUGUCGUUAAUUUAUUCUUUUUUCUUUUUACAUUUCAUUGAAAACAAAUUUAAUUUGCAAUUUUGACAAACAUUUAAAUAGGUUUUUGUUAAUAGUUAUCCUACUUUGGAUUGGUAAUAUCAAAUUUGAGUAACAGAGAGAUGAUAAAAUACCUUAAGUUUAUACAUGUAUUAUUAUGACAAAAGAAAACUAGAUUAGAUAAUUAUAUAUAUAAAAAAGAAAUUCACAUACUUUUGGCUCGUGAGUGUAACCUCAGCUACAUGUUAAUUGAAAAUGUUUUUAAAUUC